UCGCUCGCGGCGCGUCUCGGCCGCCAGUCGUAGUUAAAAGUGGUCGCGAUGGCCGCCGCCGGAUUCGUUCGUGGUGUCAUCCGCCUUGCAAGGGGGUUUGUUGCCAAAGUGGUGAUACUAUCGAUACUCGCGGCCCCAAUCGGGGCGCAGAAGAGCUUCCCGAUGAAGAUGCGCGACAUAAACGAGGACUUCGACCGUCAGCUGGACGAGAUAAUGGCCUCCGAGGCUGCGGUUACCUACUCGACGAUAAACACAACGGGGACGGCCUACGCCGCCUCGACCAAGUUCAACCCGAAGGGAAUGGGUCAGCUGUACAACGUGACGAACAUGUUCAUCGACCUCAUACAGAGCAAGCAGGCCUACCCCGAGGGGAUGAUAACGCUGGAAGAUGGUCAACCGAAGUUUGCAGAUCCAGUUAAAGAGUGGAAAAUCAUUCUGAAGCAUUACAGCGGUGUGGCCGGUCUCGCCAUAGCCGGCCUAUUACUCGCGGCUAUUCUACCGUGUAUUGGAUUGUUCUUUUGCUGCUGUCGUUGCGCUGGUCAUUGCGGCGGGCGAAGUCAACCUUUCGACAAGAAGCAUGAUCACUGCCGAAAAAUUAUGCUCAGCAUUGUCUUGAUCGCUGUUGCGACGAUCAUAUUAUUUGGUGUCGUUUGUGCGUUUGUUACAAACGAAUACAUGCAAGAAGGAACUAACGAACUGCCGAACAAUCUUAAAACUAACCUAAAGGAUGUCCAAUUGUACCUCCGCGUUACAUCCCGUGAAAUUGACAAUUUACUUGGCACCAAUUACAACCAACUCGAGUACACAUUGAACAAUAUUCUCCAAGCAAGCGGAAGAAUCGUUACGGAACAGCUAGCGAAAUACUCUGACGCCGCCUCACUGACAAAUCUGAAUAAUAUCGUCUCUGGACUUGGUGAGAUUGGUAAUGAUUUGAAGAUGAUUAAGGAUAUCACUCAAGGCUUACGGACUAAUGCGACUCAAUUAGAAAUUGAACUCCGGCAGGUGAAAAAUAGUUUGCUGUACACUUUAAAAGAAUGUACGAUACAGUACUGUCAAGAAAUUAGGAACGAGUACAAUGUCAACGGGAUGGCUGUUCAAGUUCAUUUUGACAAGUACCUGGAUAGAUAUUUCCCGAAGCUUCAGUCUCUGCCGGAUGUUUCACAUGCCCUGCACAACAUAACACUUUUGAUGGAAGGCAAUAUUGUCUCAGAAGUAAGCCAAGGGAGGGAUUCGUUCGCCAAGAUUCAGAAAGACAUUCAACACGCUGUAAAUCAGACUAUCCCUGUUAUCAGUGCUAGCAUUAGACGAGCUGGUGAUUCUCUGCAAGGAAUCGCCAACAACAUUACAUCGUUACUUGAUAAAAUCAGCUCCGAUAUCCAUACGAAAUAUAUUCGCCAUGUUGAUAUUGCCGGCACCCAUAUAAAUCAAUAUUCCCAAUACCGGUACUAUGUAGGACUUGGGAUAUCUGGAAUAUUACUGACAGUCCUAUGUUGCUUGACGCUCGGUUUACUCUGCGGUGUUUGUGGAAAACGCCCCGAUGGUUACGGAGACGAUUGUUGCAAUAAGGGCGCAGGUGCACGAUUUUUGAUGAUGGCAGUGUGGAUUAUAUUUCUAUUGACCAGUAUUUUAAUGAUUGUGACUGUGGCUCACAUGGUUACCGGUGUUAUCAUUCAACGCGGCGUUUGUGAGCCGCUAAAAAAUCCCAAAGACAACCGGAUGUUCAAUUUGGUCGAUGAUUUUGUUCAGAUAAAAUCAAAGCUGUAUCCAAAUAAACCUGAUGUGAAUAUUAACAUGAGUUAUAUUAUAACUAUGUGCCAUGCAAACGAAACUCUCUACAAGGUCUUAAAACUUGAGAACUUAAUCGAUUUGACAAGCUUACAUACUUAUACAGAACGUUACGACAUCAACAAUACGAUCCAACAAUUACGAAAAAAAAUAAAUCUUUCCCCAGGGGUUGUCAUUUUGAGUGACAGUGCUCGGUCAAAGCUCAAUGAUUUGGCUCAGAGUGGUUUGAGUGAAAUCAUGUUCUCUCGGUACACUGACUUAUUGGAAAACAAUAUAACGAAUUUAAACUUAGAACACCUCGCCAACAAGUUGAGAGAUGUGGCGGCAAAAUUACCGGAAGGACAUGACGGUAUAAAAAGAAAUCUUGAGACCAAUGCGAUUAAUUUGGAACGAUGUCAUAGAACAUUAGUCACCCCGAUGACGUUGCUUAGCCAACAACUAAGCGUCAAUGCGUUGACUUUGCAAGAGCAUAUCAAGUUUAAUCACAGCUCUAUGACGGAAGCAAUACAUGAUCUAGUCAAUGAGACAACCGAGGCACAAAAGUUACUGAACAAAGAGGGCCCGAAGUAUGUUCAGUAUGUUGCUAAAAAAUUCGGAGACAAAUUCCUCAGCCUAGUGGAUGAUUUUAUGAAUUUCGUUGCUACGAAUGGCAUGGAAACAGUUGGAAAAUGUGCCCCAGUGUCAAAUGCGUACGACGCAACACUCGUUGCUUCAUGUAACAAAAUCUUGGACCCGUUUAACGGUUUUUGGGCGAGUGUUGGAUGGUGCUUAGUUCUCUUCAUACCGACUAUAAUACUCUGCGCUAAGCUCAGUGCUCUUUACCAGAAGUCUGAUCCAUAUCCAGGCCCACUGGUCGAAGCUGAAUAUUUGUAUGACGCAUAUGCUGACAGGGAUAACAUACCCCUUGCCCAUGUUCACGAUAAAAAACAUGGUGCUCACAGUAGGCACCAUCCGGCACCCUAUGUUGAAAGCUACGACGGACCCGCGGUUGCAUAUAGUGAUCGAGAAAGGGUGUCCGAUGCUCAUCAAAGCUCGUCCAACCACGAUUCAAGAUAUGCGGAUCUAGCGCCGAAAAAUUGGGAUUUUCCAAACGGGGGACCACCAAGGUAUCAACCAGCUGCUGCAGCACCACCCCUCAGCACCGAGUAUGAGCGACCUCCCCCUUACUACUAUCCUGGACCAGGGGACAGAAAUUAGGAAAUAGGUACCGUGGCAUGUACCAAGACUGCACUCAGCAGUGCAGCGACGCACAGCUUGACACGCAGCUAUAAGCGAACCCAAAGACAGAAGGAUAGAUCUAAAAACAAAUGGGAUUAUGUCUAACGAAGAGGGUCAACGUGCAUGCCACGACUCAUUAAAACAUCAAAAUUCAGAGACCAAGAUAGAAUAGACUGUUUUAAAAUGAUUUGUAAGCAAUUCUGUUUAUUGGGAAUUUCUUCAGGGUGCUGCGGAUGAAGCUUUUUUGAGAAGCUGACGAAGUUACUUUGAAAAAGAAUUGCUUAGAAAUAAAGUGUGACAUUAAAAAGUUCAAGGCUUAAAACAAAACAUAAAUAUUGCAUUUUUCUCAAAGACGGAAUACAAAAAAAGUUUUUAUAUGUUCUCGUUAGUUACUAACUGGUUAUAUAUCAAUUAUAUUGUAAUACAAAAACCUAACUCGAUAUUUUUUCUGCAAUUAGUUCCUAAUUUAUCAGAGGUAUAAUCAGCAUCUAUACAAACAAAGAUAAUAAUUGGUUAACAUAUUUCUCUGCCAUAAGUUUAUCAGAUUCACAUUUUCAUUUAGCAUAUCAUUAUGAUAGGGAGAAAUUAUUAAUAAAUAUGUUAUCAAUUAUUAUUAACGUUACGUUCUUUCGAUGAGUGUGUUCAAUGAAACCUGAUGAUUUGAAUGGUUUCUAAGUUAUUUCUCCUUGAAUAUUUGUUUUCUUUUAUCGUUUUCACUGUGGACAAAGCCAUAUUAGAAUGCCAAACAAUUUUGCAUAAUUUCUACGAUCUGAAAAUACUUAUUGUGAUAUUUUGCGAUUGUACGGAUUGUUAUUCGAUCUUAUAUCUAGAAAUUUUUUAUUUCUACUACUUUAAAACUCGAAGCAAUUAUUACUUUUAAUUAAGACUAUUUACUUUUAUGUUUCAUUGUAUUAGAAAAUGAAUUUUCUAGACAUAAGAUCACUUAUUAUAAAUACCCCAUAUUGUAUAAGUGAACUUUUUAUCAUUCUAUAACUUAUUGAUAAGAAUUCGAGAUUGUUUUUACAUUGCAUAAGAUCUUCUAUAUAUUUGUGUAUAAAUAAUCCAAAAGGGAGGAUAUUCAAAGUUUAACUACACUUUUACUUAGCAAAUGUUAUAAUUCGGACCAUAAAAUCCAAACUUCAAAUCACACACAUGCAUCGCAAGCCUCUAAUGCAUGGUAUUGAUUAAUGGUAUUGAUUAUUUGCAACCAGUUUAAAACACAAAUGGCUUAUCUUUCAAUGUCGAUACCGAGAUAUGUGUGUAAACCAGUAACUUGCAUUUAGUCAUUGAUGUUCUUAGGUACAAUUUGUAUUCUGAAUGUCAUUACUUUUUAGAGAUCUGAGCUCCUGAGCAUGAAAUUUGUGAGUUUGUUCCUUGUAAUCUCGCAGAUUGAAAAUUGACAUGGUAGUAUUAUCCAUGCACACAUAUACAAUGUGAGUAUAUGUCGGCAAUUCAAUUAUAUGAAUUUAUUUAGUCAGCGGCAGUUUCCUGAAAAUAGAAGAUUCUCAAGAACGAAAAGCACAAAAUUUUAAUCCUUAUGGCAAGGACUUUUAAAUAUAUAUCAAACUAUAGAACUGUAUCAAUAUAAAUAAUUAAAUAUAAUUUCCUCCUAGAGUAUGUAUUACAUUUUUAAAUAAUAUUGUAUGUAUGUGUACGUGGCUGAUUGUGAGAUGAAUGUGGGUUUUUUAAAAAUGGACAGAGUGAAAUGAUUAUAUUGCGUGGGUCAACCAGCUUUGCAUUCAUCUACUUGACGUUGUAUCACAGUGCGUUUAUUUUCACUUGUAAAUACCUUUUCACUCAUAAUGCAACUGUGAAAGAAUUAAAAUUUACAUACUUAUAUCAAAACCUUUUAGAUCCAUUUAUUAUUGUCUAACAUGAGAUAUCGGAAAAUCCAUACAGUUGUUUUUUGCAUUUGAAAUUAUUAGGUGCAGAGAGUUACAGUUUCCUUAUUUUAUUUUGAACGGUGUUUUUUUUUUUUUUUCAAAAAACGAUUUCUAAUUUGACCCUCAUCUCGAUCAAUAAUGGAAAAAAUCUGAAUGAACAGAAAGUAAUUGCUUUAUUUUUGUUUUUUUUUUAUUAUUACUAGUUGAAUUUACACAAAAUAUCACACAUAUUUUAACAGUUGUGAUGCGACUACUACUAUAUACAUAAAUGAAAACGGAAGUAAACGAUACUUUGCGAUUCACGCGAAUGUUUUUUCCGCAGAUUGAACCGGAAAAAGAGUAUACACAAAGAAAGCGUGUUGGGUAUAAUGUGAAUAUAACAUUUUUUUAGCCACUCUUCGAUACUUAUUACUCUGUCAAAUACCAGCAUAUUAACAUACAGAAAUUGGUAAAUCAAAGCAUGCAAGCUGCACUAUAACGUGUAAGUAACUUGCCAUUGUGGUGCUUGCUGUUCAUUACAGCAAGUUUCUUUAUUGUCCAGCAUUCUUUCUCUAAUUAUACUCUUGGGCUACAUGAUUAAUGUCGAAUGUGUAGAACUUCUAUCUGAAGGAGAUAUAUCUACGUUUGUGCAUUCAUCAGAGAGGGAAAUGUAAAAAUAACUAGAGUAACUUAGUUCAUUGUUUCAUUGAAAUGCAAUUUUAAAUUAAUUUUAUAUUAUAAAAGUAAACGUUUCGAUAAUACAAUCUGCUCAAAAACUUUAGCAAAGAACGUAUUUCAAUACUUUCAAUGAGGAUAUUUUGGAGAACUAACGAAAUUUCUUACAAACAAAAAUAUGGAUUCUGAUGUAUUAGUCUGAAAGUACCUCUAGCUGUUGAAAUUAUUUAUUCACUUGAGGAGUUUCGCGUUCUUUUUGAUACAUUUAGAAUACAAAUAGUUACUUCAUAGUAUUUAAAUUGGUCCAUUCAUGAUUUAGCACACUUUUUUAUGCUGGGCUUGUUUCAAGCUUCAUGGCUGUCCUAUUCCUGUAACACUUUGUUCUUCCUUCUCCAAAAUAUUCCAGUAACUUUGAGUCAAUAAUGUAUAACAAUGAUAGUUUUCCGUAGAUGAAAUCUUUUUUUUAAUUGUACCUAUUGUGUUUGUUGAAAUUGAUUAUAAAAAGGCAAAAGAAAAAAAUAAGUGUAUCACAGUUUAAAAUAUAUCUAUUUUAUAUUAAA